AGGUGGUUUCGUCUUCUCCUGUCCUACAUUCGAAUCGGUCUACUUGCGCGAGUCGACACUACUUUUACCUAUGAACGGGCAUGCGCACGUUCCAUGUGUAAAAUCCGGACUCGAGGAAGGAUGAAUGUAAUUCAAAGAUGGCGGCGGAGGGAGGAGGGAAGGAGAAUAACGAAAUUAAAACUCAAUUCACUACACGGGAAGGCGUCUAUAAACUCCUCACUCAUUCCGAAUAUAGCCGCCCCAAUAGGGUGCCUUUCAAUUCCCAGGGUUCGAACCCUGUCAAAGUUUCAUUUGUCAACGUCAAUGACCAGUCUGGCAACGGCGACCGAAUAUGUUUCAAUGUGGGCCGGGAGCUGUACUUCUACAUCUACAAAGGCGUUAGAAAGGCUGCUGAUCUGAGCAAACCUAUCGACAAGAGGAUAUACAAAGGAACACAGCCCACAUGUCACGACUUCAACCACCUCACGGCCACGGCGGAGAGCGUCUCCCUGUUGGUGGGCUUCUCGGCUGGCCAAGUGCAGCUCAUCGACCCAAUCAAGAAGGAGACCAGCAAGCUCUUCAAUGAGGAAAGACUAAUAGACAAUUCCAGAGUAACUUGUGUAAAAUGGGUGCCAGGCUCGGAGAGUCUGUUCCUAGUCACUCAUUCCAGUGGAAACAUGUACUUGUACAACAUGGAGCACACGUGUGGCACCACGGCACCUCACUACCUGUUGCUCAAACAGGGUGAGAACUACUCAGUGCACACUUGUAAGAGCAAGUCCACGCGCAACCCCUUGCUCAAAUGGACGGUGGGCGAGGGAGCCCUUAACGAGUUUUCUUUCUCACCUGAUGGAAAGUUCCUGGCGUGCGUGAGCCAGGACGGCUUCCUUCGGGUCUUCAACUUUGAUGCGGUGGAGCUGCACGGGACCAUGAAAAGCUACUUUGGGGGUCUGCUGUGUGUGUGCUGGAGUCCAGACGGAAAGUACAUUGUCACGGGGGGCGAGGAUGAUCUGGUGACUGUGUGGUCAUUUGUGGACUGCCGGGUUAUUGCACGCGGUCAUGGACACAAGUCGUGGGUGAGUGUGGUGGCGUUUGACCAUUACACAACCAGUGUGGAGGAUGCGGACCCUAUGGAGUUCAGCGGCAGUGACGAGGACUUCCAGGACCAGAUCCACUUCGGUCGCGACCGGGCCAACAGCUCGCAGUCCCGACUCUCUAAGCGCAACUCCACGGACAGUCGGCCGGUACAGGUCACAUACAGGUUUGGUUCAGUGGGCCAGGACACUCAACUCUGCUUGUGGGACCUCACAGAAGAUAUCCUUUUCCCCCACCUCCCACUUUCCCGGACAAGAACGCACACCAAUGUGAUGAAUGCUACCAGCCCCCCGGCGGGAGGGGACGUGGCUGUGGGAGGCGGGGUAGGUGGUGGCAUAGAGAGUAUUAACCCUAGCACUAACGGCACCAACACCCCUGGUAACCCCCUCCCUACUCCCCUGCCACGCUCCAACAGCUUACCGCACUCUGCAGCUAUGACCGCCAACAGCAGGAUUAGCGUCAUGGACAACACUAUCGCCGCAGGCGUAAGCAAGUUUGCCACACUCUCCAUUCACGAUCGCAAAGAGCGGCACCACGAGAAGGACCACAAAUGGAACCACAGCAUGGGCCACAUUAGCAGCAAGAGCAGUGACAAGCUCAACAUGCUCACCAAAACCAAAACAGACCCUGCAAAGACACUGGGUACGCUGCUCUGUCCCCGCAUGGAAGACAUACCCUUACUAGAGCCCCUCAUCUGUAAAAAAAUAGCACAUGAGAGACUGACUGUCUUAAUAUUUAUUGAAGACUGUAUAGUGACAGCUUGUCAGGAGGGAUUUAUUUGCACAUGGGCAAGGCCUGGCAAAGUGGGUUUGUCAUCCCAAAACCAAGCCAGCUCUCCCAGUGGAACUGUAGUAUAGCCCACAUUAUUUAUGCUGCUAAGAAACCUGCAUCACAGAGCUGUAUUGUCACCAGAGCCUGGUGCUGCUUUUCACCCUGCAAAGCACUGCAAGUUUAUUUUAUUUUUGGUUAUCAUACACAUGGCCUAGAUGGUGGAAGUAUUCAAAUACAGAAAUGGAAAGGGUGUGGUGCAGUUUUGGACAGUGGCUCUGUCCUUUUCUGGAAUUUUGUGAAAUAUUUUUUUAAUAAUUUGUCUUCUCUCGCUCAUAUACGUUAGGCUGUUUUUCUGGACUUCGAGCUUGGCUUAGUUGAUGAAACCAUUCAUAUUAUGCUUGUGUUUAAAAGGAUAGUUCACCCAACAACUUUUAUCAUUCCUGUUUCUUACCUUGCAAGUUGUCCAUGGGCCAGGAGUGACUGCCACAAGCUGUCACAGGCUAAAGUUUACUGAAUUACACAAAAACAGAGGUGUUCCAUAGUGCCCACUAUCCAUUGUCUAAAAAUUGCACACCAAAAUCAUGUCCUUCAGCCUUUAUGAUUUGGAAUAUGUGCAUUAUCAAAGGGUACUACAGUUGCUAAAGUCAAACUAUGUUCUUGACCUACCUACACACAAUCACAUAUUUUGGUGUGGCUUGUCUUCCGUUCAGAAGGUGGUCUCGGUCAUCGUAGGUGUGGUUUUUGCCGUCAGUUCAGGCUCAGACUGCAUUCAAGGUAAGAAAAAGAUUAACCAAAAUGAAAUUAGUGUAAACUAUCCCUUUAAGUCCAAGAAUGUGGGUAUCUAAGGAUUUGCUUUCAUCCAAAGUAUUUUUAAUUUACUGAACAAAAAUUUAAGCGCAACAUGUAAAGUGUUGGUUUCAUGAGCUGAAAUAAAAGAUCAACGUAAAAUGUU